AUGUUCUUGGAUGUUUGUGCAACUAUAAAGGAUGUUUUGUCUAUGAUGAAGCAAUCUACCCAGGAUCUUCAAUCAUCUAUUCGAAGGCGAUCAAAUGAAUUUUGACGCUUACAUGAUCUCAAGAAAGAAAGUCUGCAAAAUUAUCCAAAAAUGCCUUUCAGAUCUUAAGAAAAACACCAACAAGAACAAUGAUGUUGUCGCCGAUAUCCUAACAGAAGUUGAAGCAAUAACUUUUGCAAUUUUUGAAUCUGUCUUGUCUUUCCUAUCUGCACCAAAGCAAAGGUCACUAGUCUCAAAGUUGACCACCAAAAGUGCAACCCAACAAGUUGUCAAUGAAGUAACCAAGGUGGAUGUCGCAUUGAAAUCCAAAGUCAUUGAAGCAAAAGAAGUGCAGAAGCCAUUGGCUGCCCUUGACGUGACCCUUCAAGAUCUUGAAGAUGGAUUAGAAUCUGUCUUCAGGUGCCUGAUCAAGAACCGAGUUUCACUUCUUAACAUCCUUAACCAAUAG